CGCUGGGCGAGCCGCUGAGCGCCGCGCAGCUGCGGCGGCUGGAGGAGCACCGCUACACCGCGGUGGGAGAGUCGCUGUUCGAGCCGCCGCUGCAGCUUUACUGGACCUGGCUGCUCCAGUGGAUCCCGCUCUGGAUGGCCCCCAACACCAUCACCCUCAUCGGCCUCGCCAUCAACCUGGUCACCACCCUAGUGCUCAUCUUUUACUGCCCUACGGUCACGGAGGAGGCACCAUACUGGACUUACUUUUUAUGUGCCCUGGGACUCUUUAUCUACCAGUCACUGGAUGCCAUUGAUGGGAAGCAAGCCAGAAGGACAAACUCUUGUUCUCCUUUAGGAGAACUGUUUGAUCAUGGCUGUGACUCUCUUUCCACAGUAUUUAUGGCCAUUGGAGCUGCGGUUGCUGUCCGCCUGGGAACACAUCCUGAUUUGUUGUUUUUCUGCUCCUUUAUCGGGAUGUUCAUGUUUUACUGUGCUCACUGGCAGACUUACGUCUCAGGGGUGCUGAGAUUUGGAAGAGUGGAUGUAACUGAGAUUCAGGUAGCUUUAGUGAUCAUCUUUAUAUUGUCUACAUUUGGAGGAGCAACAAUGUGGGACUAUACGAUACCUAUUCUAGAAAUAAAACUGAAGAUCUUUCCAGUUCUUGGAGUAGUAGGUGGAGCAAUAUUUUCCUGUUCAAAUUAUUUCCAUGUGAUCCUCCAUGGUGGUGUUGGCAAGAAUGGAUCUACUAUUGCAGGUACCAGUGUCUUGUCACCUGGACUCCACAUAGGAUUAAUCAUUAUAUUGGCAAUAAUGAUCUAUAAAAAGUCUGCAACAAAUGUGUUUGAAAAACACCCUUGCCUUUAUACCUUAAUGUUCGGAUGUGUCUUUGCUAAAGUUGCACAAAAAUUGGUGAUAGCUCACAUGACGAAAAGUGAACUCUAUCUUCAAGAUACUGUCUUUGUUGGUCCGGGUCUUUUGUUUUUAGACCAAUACUUUAAUAAUUUUGUAGAUGAAUAUGUUGUUCUAUGGAUAGCAAUGGUCAUUUCUUCAUUUGAUAUGAUGAUAUACUUUAGUUCUUUGUGCCUGCAAAUUUCAAGACACCUUCAUCUAAAAAUCUUCAAGACUUCAUAUCAACAAGCACCUGAACAGGUUCACAAGCAUAUUGACUGACUAGUAGCCCAAGGAAAAGAGGAGGAGCAGUUAGGGGACCUAUGUGUGAAGGAAAUCCCCCUAUGCAGGAGGUUCAAGUUCUUUCUUCAAAGACUCAUCAGAAUAACAUGGACUGAAGAGACUUUCGAACAUUUGCCAUCUCUUGCUGCUGCUGUUUCAUGAAAGGAGAUAUGAAACGUUUAAUUUUUAGUUAAAUGUUAUAAAAAUUUCAGCAAAUAAAACAUUUCAGUGCCUCCAUUAA